CAGCCCACGGAGUUAUCCAUCCUGAAUCGGCUGUCGCUGCGUAAACGGCGUAUAGUCCGGAGCCCCUACACCCCCACCAGAAAACGCGCCGCCCCGCGACUGCAUUCCACCCCUACUCUGGCCUCAGUCUUGGAGAGGCCAGUUGACAGUCCUGCUGUCUCGAUCUCCCCUCCACUGCCGGUCAGCACUGUACCCUCCUUUCGGCCAUUGGGCGGCGACCUUGGCUGCACUUCACCCAUCGUUGGACGGUCAACGCUCGUCGUCGGCCAGAGGGCGACCGAGGCUGAUAAGAAGGCUUCCAAUGAAGACUGCACUACCACCGCCGUCACGGAUGUCUGCCCACCCGCCAAGCGGCCACUGGCCACCAAGGACCAACUAUUUGACCUCAAUCCCCCCAUGUGUCCGCCAUCAUCCAAUCCACUCGGAAAACUAAACGGCGCCUUUUAG